GAGGGGUGAGAGGGGGAGCGGGUAGAGGCACCCAAGACGUGCUUGUCCAAGGCUCCAAGUCUCAAAAGGACAUCCGGCCUCCAGGUAGGGACGGUGGAGGCUCGGCAGCCGGGGGACCAGGUAGAGGCAUGCCGGACGUGCUUGCCGUGGGAUCCAAGUCUCAGAAGGAUAUCCGGACGCCAGGUAGGGAUACCGCAGGCUCGGCUACCGGACCUAAGGGUCAGGCUCGGCGGACGUCGCCCUUGCACUAUGCUGAUGAUAUGGACGUGGCACGGGUGGGGCAGAGAGACGGGUGGGGGGCAGGAGAGGGGGGAGGAGGACGAGGGGGUGGGGGAGGGGGAGGGGGAGGGGGAGGGGGGAUGGGGGGGCAGUACCCUCCCCAUACGGACACGUUUGGCCCCAUGUCUGUUAGAGUCCCGAGACCGAGAUCAAUGGCUGAAGAUGACUGGGGUGAUGCUGCUCGCAUGAGGGAUGGUAGGGAGAGGGGAGACGACCUGCUGGCCCUGCUAAUGUUGCUGGCGGUGGCGGUGGUUACAGUGGUGGUGGCUAUGGUGCUCCUGGUGGCGGCGGCGGUGGUUACAGUGCUAGUGGUUACGCUGGUAGCAGCAGUGGCAGUGCAGCAUCCCGCACAGGAGGGGGCAUGUCCAGCCGGCCGGGAGGAGGUGGUGGGGGGGGAUGGGUGGUGGCAUGGGUGGUGGGGGGGGGAUGGGCGGUGGCAUGGGUGGUGGCAUGGGCAUGGGAGGAGCAGGAGGGGCAGGGGGUGGACCACGGAAGCCGUUGGAUUGGAAGGCGCAGAUGCAGCAGGCGAGCAAGGAUCAGCAGAAGGACCGUAUUCUGAGGAUGCUGGCGGAUGGGUCCCAGGAGAAGAGCCGCAGUGGGUAUGGGAAGAGGGGUUAACAGUGAAUGGGUCAGGUUGGGGUUGGUACACCAAGGUAAAUGCGAGCAAGGAGCAGCAGAGGGACCGGAUUCUGAGGAUGCUGGCAGACGGAUCGCAGGAGAAGAGCCGCGUGGCGGCAGUGGGUAUGGGAAGAGAGGGUAAAAAGGGGAUGGAGAGGCUGAUGCAGCAGGCGCGCACGCAGCAGCAGAAGGACCAGAUUCUGAAGAUGCUGCUGGCGGGUCGUUUGCAGGAGACGAGCCGCAGUGGGCAUGGGAAGAGGGGGUAGGGGAAGGGGGGGGGGUGGUUCGAUGCAGCAGGCGGGCAAGCAGCAGCAAGAGGACCGAAUCCUGAAGAUGCUGGCGGACGGAUCACAGGAGAAGAGCCGUAUUGGGUAUGGGAAGAGAGGGUAACGUGUUUGGGUUAUCGAGGGAUCGGCGCAGCAAGCACUCGUCAGAUCAGAUGCAGCAAGUGGGCAAGGAACAGCAGGCGGGCAAGGAGCAGCAGGCGGGCAAGGAGCAGCAGGCGGGCAAGGAGCAGCAGAAUGGCGGAUGGAUCCCAUGAGAAGAGCGGAAGUGGCUAUGGGAAGCGAGGGUGGACAUGCGGGUCAGGGGGGGAAUUGACGCAGCAAGCAGUGGUCCGAGGCAGCAGGCAGGCACUGUGCAGCAGAAGGACCGGAUCCUGUUGAUGCUGGCAGACGGAUCUGUGGCGAAGAGCCGCAGUGGCUAUGGGGAGAGGGGAUAAGGGGGGGGGAAGAGGUUGAAGCAGCAGGCGGGCAAGCAGCAGCAGAAGGGCCAGAAAUUGAAGAUGCUGGCGGAUGGGACACAGGAGAAGAGCCGCGGUGGGUAUGGGAAGAGGGGGUAGCUCAGGGACCGGAAUUGGUUUUGGGGCACCCUUAGGAAUCAGGGUAUUCUCAUGAGUUCACCCUGAUUUGUAAGGGUGCUAGGGGCAAAUUUGGCCUCAAAACACAUUUUUACCCUUAUAAAAUCAGGGUAUACUCCAAAAAGUGGCCGCUGGUAAGGGUAAUCAGGGUGAAUUACCCUUCAAACCCUAUCCCUGGGGUAGCUGUGCGGGAAGGGGGGAUGGACGCAACAACCAUGGGAUUGAUGCAGCAAGCAGUGGUCCAAUGCAGCACGCGGGCAAGGAGCAGUAACUUUCGGCAGUUGGGCCAUAGCCUGCGACAUCAAACAUGCUCUGAUGGUACCUCAAACCUCCUACCACGGUACCCCUUAGGGGUCACUCACUCCCGCCUGACGCUUUCCUGUAGGUAAGCCUUGACAGUUGUUCCUUGCAACAUGUUGGAAAUAUCUCAAAGAACUUAAGCGUUUCUGAAGUAUAACACUACACUCGAGGAAGACUACAAGGGAGCACGCGAGUCGACGGAGGUUACACGAGGGGGCGGACAAAGAAUGCGAAAGGUCGCAACUGGAGGUUGCGACUGACCGUUACAGCAUCAUGGAUGGUAACCGAAGCAGCAAUCGAGUCGCUGUGCGACUCGAUAAACCGUCCCUGUAACU